UCCCCUGCUGACGGUCGACCGAGAGCGACCGACUCUGACAGUGGCUCGGCCGACCGAUGACAGCCGAGGAGGCGUCAGUCCUCAAUGCGCCAGCGUGCCGUGUGGAGCGGUCGCGCGCGCUUUAAACGUGCGGAGUAGCACGCGUGGACAGCCAGCUGUCAAACUCUCCGCGCGCCGCACUCGACGACCACGCUGGUGGAUCCCAGCUUGCAAGUGAAUCCAUCGCCGUCUGCUCCAGGGUCAGGUGGCUCACGUGCGAUCGUACUCCUCAUUUUCCCCCGGCGGAACCUCGCGUACGUUCCUAUUCCGUGUCGCGCAACCCCGCGUGAUUCUUCCUAGUCCCCGAAAGAUGUGCGUCGCCCUCAACGUCUUCGCAGGGCCGGCAUCGUGUGGUUUUCACCGAGACAUCCGACGGGCGUGCACGAGUUACUCGUAGAAGGAAGAGCGUGCCGUGAAGGGAUACGCGCCGUUUUUUCAUUCCCGAAGAGCGAGACACCACGCAGGAGCAGCGCGAUGACGGAGCUAGCCAAGGAGGCGUUCACCUCCCGCAACUACCACCUGGCGGUCGAGCUGUACGAGCGAUGCCUGAAGCAGCAGGGCUCGAGCUACGAGGUGCUGCUCGGCUACGGCGACUCCCUGGUCAAGUGCGGCCGGGUCAGGGAGUCGAUCGAGAUCUACUCCAGGUGCUCGACCGUCAUGUCCGUGCCGGCCGACAGACUCAAGCACCUGACGACCGCGCUUCUGGAAGACGUGGUCGGGGCCAGCUCCAGACGGAGGCUCGAGGUAUCUUUCGCGUGUCCGCUGUGCGAAGGCAUCCUCUGCCAGCCGGUGACCACCGCCUGCGGCCACACGUACUGCAGGAACUGCGUGGAUCUGUCCAGGAGCUGUCGCGUGUGCGGGGCUAAAAUCGUUGUUGUGAGUGAAACGAAUGUGCUGGUGCAAAGACUCGUGGAGAGAUGGUGGCCGCGAGAAGCGGAGGCCAGUCGGGCGAGGCACGAGGGUGAUAUCCUCGUGAGGAAGGGUCACCUAGGUCAGGCGCUCGAGAGAUACAACCUGGCGGUUCAUCUUGCGCCGAAUAGCCCGCUCCACCUUAGCAACAGGGCUCACGUCUUGCUCCUGUUGAAUAGGCCUUUAGCCGCUCUCACGGACGCUGAUCAUGCAGUCAGAUUGCGGCCAGACUGGGGCAAGGGACAUUAUAGAAGAGGGAUCGCUUUAUCGGCGCUCGGAAGGCACGAAGAAGCGCUCUACGCUCUCUGCAUUAGCGUGGCCAUUGACAGAAAUCCGCAAGCUGUGCGCCAUGAAUUGACCAAGAUUCUGCACAGAGUGCUGUCGCUCAAGGUAUAUCGGCAAAGUGUCCUGUCGUCACGUACACCGUAUAGUUUAACGAAGAGCGCGUCACGCACGAGGAAUCGUCGUCAUCUAAUGAAUCCCAAGCACAGUCGACGCGCAACCCUAAACAGAUCCGAUUGUGAGGAUAACAGCAGCGGCGAAGAAGAAUUCACACAGACAAUAAACAGAAGAGUCCGGUCCUCGAUAGUGCCGCAAGUCAACACGAAGCUGCAAGCAAGUUUGGAUCGUGUAUAUCAGGAUGUAGAAAAAUUGAAAAGAAUUGAACCGAGACCCGCCGAAUUUCUCUUGCCAACUCUUUCUAGCGGUACUGCUGGAGAAUUGGAUUGCAUCUUAUGUUGUCGCCUGCUUUGGAAACCUGUCACGACGCCCUGUGGUCACACCUACUGCUGGAUGUGCCUGGACCGCUGCCUGGAUUACUCCUCGGCGUGUCCCUUGUGCGUCACGUCUUUGGCUGACUAUCUAGCCAGUAGCCAGAAAACAGUGACGGAUUUCGUAGAGAGAGCGCUUAAAACAGUGGCGCCCGCGGAAUACACCUCCAGAGCUGUGAGUCAUCAGCUCGAACUGGUCCAAGGACUUGGUCUUUUGGGUAACGAACAAAUCGCCGUCUUUAUCUGCACGACAGCUUUUCCCUGUGUCGCCUGUCCCCUGUUUGUCUACGAACCCAGAUACAGGCUGAUGGUUAGAAGAUGUGUGGAUAGCGGAGUACGCCAGUUCGGAAUCGCUGCAUGUCUCAACAAGGAAGCAACAGGCACGAAGAGAUAUGCGGAAUAUGGAACUAUCUUAGACAUUCGAGAUCGAGUAUUGCUCAAAGAUGGUUGCAGUAUUCUCAGCACGGUCGGUGGUAGAAGAUUUAGGGUCCUUUCCGGUGAAGAAAAAGAUGGUUACGAUACAGCGCAGGUGGAAUUUCUCAGGGACACUGUCGUACAAGAAGAUCAAUUAUUAAAUCUUUUAGAACUUCAUGAUAAGGUACGAGCAAAAGGUCGAAGAUGGUGGGACACGGUGUCGACCUCUCAAAAGUCUGAGAUUCAACGGGUAUUCGGACGUAUGCCGGACACAGAGGAGGACUGGCCGCGUCUACCUGACGGUCCGUCGUGGGCAUGGUGGUUGCUUGCGAUUCUGCCGCUGGGACCGCAAUUGCAAGUGGGUAUCCUUGGCACUACUAGCUUGGAGAAGCGGCUACGAGCCAUCGAGAAGACUCUCGAUCACAUGGAGCAAAGACAACUGACAAUCGCGGCUGCCCCUUCCGAGCAAACGACAACAUCAUCGAGCAUCUGCAGGGACGGAAGAGCAAUCACUGAGACGGCGAUGUCGGUCAUUCAACAAUCGUAAAGAGUAACAAAGCGUCGCGAUACCUUAGAAGUAACCAAUGCCAUUCUGUGGCCUGGAAAUAGGAUCGCGAACCUUGUAUCUCACACUCUGCGAAGAAUUUCAAGUAGCAAAAGAGAUUCAGCUAUCUUGAGUGGUAGAAAUUAUAUUUUAAAAAUUUAUGAAAUUUAUUGAAUAAUUGCCCAAUUUGGCAGACAAAGUUCGAAAUGUCAUUCGGUAGAAUCGACUAAGACACAAUAUCUGAUUUUUCCACAAAUUGCAAGUCCUGAAUACUGCAUUUAUUAAGCUCAUGUUUAUGAUCUUAUCGCACUCUGAUAGAAGACACGAUAUUUCUCUACAGCCAUGUCACAGGAGGGCAUUUUUGUCAUGUCUACCUUCUAAGCCACUAAUUUAGUCGGUCAAAUCUUUUCUACGUCGAUCUCUCAUCCGUUGCUCCCGCGACGUGAUUCCUCGAUUGACCCUUCGACUCUACUCGACGUACGAAACACAUCUAUAGAACGCGUAGAAUCUAUAGAACUCUUGGAACGCCUCGUAAGAAAAUUGGGUCGAUCGAUCAGCAAACGCACCUAUCCUUCAAUUUCGCUCGGCGUGGAGUUUCGAACGGCUCCUUCUCUCUCUCUCUCUCUUUUUAGAUCUAGCAAGGAAAGCUUGGAAAUAUUCUUUACCAAUUUUGAUCAACUUCGAAUAUUUUCCUCUUAUUUUUCAGCCAUUCUAUAGCAUAUUCGAAAUUUAUCAAAAUCGACGAGGCACAUUUCCUGAUGUUUCCAAGUAAGUUAAGUUCCAAUCCGAGCACCUUGCACCUCGUGCUCGUUAAAUCUUCUGCUGAGCGCCUUAUCGAUGAGACGACGAAAAGAAAUAAAUCUAAACCUAAACCUGUGAAGUGAUAAUAACAAUAACUAUUAGUCUAAUUUAGAACUAAGAUAUCAACAAUAUUUAUUUUUAUGUAAUGUAUAAUAUCAUUUUCUAAUGAUAUAUAAUAAGUUAUGUUAUUACAGUAAUUAAUAUUGUCACGUGAUAAUUUUCUAUUAAUCGUAACGAAAUUAGUUGCGACACGAGAGAACAAUGUAUAAUGUGCAAAGAUUUCGAUUACCUAUAAUUCUGACCGUUGCGUUGGUGACCAGUGACAUAUCCGAAAGACCGCGUUUCCUCGGUAAGGCGUUCCGAUCCUCUUCGCGCUGUCGCAAUAUGCAAAUCUGUUCUUCCAAAACGUUAUAUGGAUAUUUAUUAUGUAUAUCUACAUUGUAUAUGUAUACACACAUAUUUAUGUAUACACUUUCGAACGCGUACACGUAGCAACGGAAGAGUAAGUCAUUCUUUUAAACAUUUCAAUGUGUCAUGACGCACAAGUAUUAUUUGGGUGAAAUGUACACAUAGCGAAUGAAAGAGAAAAUUUAAGACUUGGAUAUAGUACAUGUAGAUGCAAUACAUUAUUAGCCAAAUCGUAUCUAAAGAUUUUUAUCUUACAAUUAAUUAGAAAAUCUAACUUACAAAAUUAAUUUUGAAAUUAUUUCGAUCAAUUUCACUUUUCCGUAUAUAAACACGAUUAUAAUAUUUUAUAUUAUAUUAGUCACAUACUUUGCGUUAUCAUUUAUGUGUUAAGAUCUCUAAAAAUAUGAGUCGUUUAUUAUUUUUAUUAAUAUUCAAUACAUGUAAGGGACUUACUUCCGUUGCACGUAGAUGCAUCGAAAUCUCUCGUGCACGAAAAUUCGUCAGUGAGCGAGUGCACCAAGUAGAAAAAGUUACAUUGACGAUAACAAUGCUCAUGACACAAGGCUGUCUAUUUUGUGUAAUACAUAUGCAUGUAUCGGUGCAUAUAACCGAUGUGAUUAUGGAAACGAUCAUUGGUUGUUCCACUAAAAUAAUAAUCAACUUCUAUCAGGUUCUUAAAAAUAUUAAAUAUAGUAAAAGAAGUGAAAAUAAAUAAACAUCUAGAAUUUGUAUGUCGAAAAAUUAUCUGUCAAUAUCAAUAUAUAAAUUACCGUGAGUAAAUGCUAUUGAAUAAUUUUUGAUUAAUGCAACGUAAUGUACAUGUCACAGUCACCACGAUAUUUGUGCAUUCACUGGUGCAAUCGCUCUACGAACGUUCCACGAGUCUGCCGGUACAAUCACGCGCGAAAGCGCGAUUGUAGAAAGAAGUUUGAUAUCUACGAAACAGGUUUAUUCGAAAAAGCGCAAAUUUUCUCGAACGAGAACGAGAUCCUUUUCGGCUCUUCGACGUCAUUGCACGGUCGCGAAUCACGGGAAUUUUCCGGAUCGGACAAACGAUUGCCGUACUGAUUUUACACAACAACGGCUGAUUCGCGUUAUCCUGCGGCUCGAAAAUCCCGAAAUCUUUUUAUACCGCUUAGAUUUAUUCCGUAAGAUUUUUCGAUUAUGCUAGCACGUAAUAAUUUAUUCAUGCGGCUUUUCGUAUCGUCGAGACACAGCGAUCGCCUGAGGAGCUAGAAAUCAUAUCAAUCGCGCAACCAAGUAUUCGUGAGAAACGUUAAUAGUACGGUUGUUGUUAUUUAUUAUCGCAAGUAAUUUUAUAAAUUAUUCAAUCUUAAAUUAAUCCUAUACACUGGUUAUACCAUUGCGCUUGAAAAAGCUAAAGAGGGAUAUUCCAAAGAAAAUUAUAUUUCUCACCUUCUUAGUUGUUUAUUAACUCGCGUCAUUUCAAGCGUAAAAUAUUAAGGAGUAAUUCCUUUAAAAUAUUUCAUUUCUUGUGCAUUGUAAAAUAUUUUGUACAAAUAUUGUAGGUACAUUUUGCAUCGUUAAAACGCGCACUUGAACGCACUCCACGCUCCAAUCGUGUCUCAUUAUAUUGUUCAGCCGAUGCAUAUAUUAAUAUGGCCAUAAUAUGCAGCUCACUAAAUGUCCAUAAUAACAGAUUUCUCCAUUAGUAUCUUUAAUAGUGAAUCAAUCAAUCAACCAGAGAAAAAUCAAUCUGUAUACAUUAUCUAAAUAACAUGAUAUUUUUUAAACAUUAUUUAAUUUGGAAUACUGCAUUAUUCAAAUAGGAAAGAAAUAUCAAAAGUCUAUUACUUUUUUCACGUAUUAUAAACAGCUUAUUUUUAAUUUUGGACUAGUUUCUAAAGAUUAAAUUUUCAACUCUUCUGUUAUUUAUUAAUCAUACUAAGAUUUUACUAUCAGGAAUUUUGAUAUUUGCCUUACAGCACUAAAAAUGUGACUAUCCGAUUCUAGAUCUGCAUCCUUCAAAUUUACCAUGUAAAUUUUGUGAUUCUCAAAUAAUCAUAUUUAAUAUAAUGUUAAUAUAGAUUAUGAUUGAAUUACAUGCGCUGUUGAUGCGAUUAUUAUAUACAAUCUUUUUACACGAUAAUAAUAACGACAAUCGUUACGAAAUGACGUGCUUCAAGUACGUCCAUCUUCGUGAAAGUAUGAAAAGUAUGAUAGAAAAUUUUUUAAUUGAUCGACAUAACGCGGUACUCUGUCUCUGCGGCAACUCAAUAUGAGAAGCAUUCUCUAUAUCUAGAUUUAUAUCUUAUUCUCUAGACUUUUAUGAAAUUGUGAAUCAUGCAUUGUGAUAUUACUAUAUAGCCUACCUUGUAUAUUGUUAUUGCUACGUUACUAUACGUAAUGCCACACGACUUUCCAUUUUUACUUCGACAUUUCUAUAUUUAUCUUCAUCUCUUCAUAUGAAAAAUAAAUUGUAAUAAAAUAUCACAAAGUCAAAUUUGUUCGUGUGUUC